AUAUAAGUGAAUAACUGUGUUUAACACUGUUACAGCAUGCAACAGUGAAAUCCGCCAUUACGUGAGAUCGCGUCCGUUUGUAAACAAUGCAAAAGUUUUUCAAUCCGAAGCGUGCAGUCUGCUGAUGUUGCUUACUGUAUGUAGGCUGAACUGCACAAGCCAUGAGCAUAUUAAGUUACACAUGGGAACACAUGUACAUUUAUCAACAUCACUGUUUUCCUUUAAUGCAUUCUAUGUUUUCUCUUUUACUAGGUUAAGCUGUCAUGGCUACUGUUAAGACUCUCAUUACUAUUCUUUACCUCCUUUUAUACGGAUGUUUCAGCACAGCUGACAUCAGCCUAAAACAAGUCAAUCAAGUGGAGCGUGGCAUAACAUUGUCUAAAGAAGCUCUCAGUGGUCUUGAUAAAGCAGCUAAAGCACUCACAGAGACAAAGGCGGCAACAGAUACCAUCCAGAAAGUCCUCAAAGUUUUUGAUGCUGUUGGAAAAUUUGCUGCAAGUUUUGGUUUUAUUGGAGCAUUAAUUAGUUUCAUAUUUGCAUUCAUUCCAAAACAAGAUCCAACGCUUAUUUUCAUGAAAGAACAAUUUGCUGAAGUCAACCGCAAACUUGAUUCAGUCUCCCUUCAAAUUUCUACCCUUCAAACAGAAAUGAAAUGGACAGACUAUGCAAGCACCUACAGUAAGGAUGAGAAUGCAAUCAGAAACUCCUGGGCCAAGCUGAAAGAAUUGAUUGAAAAAGUUCCCACAGCUUCCACACAGGAGCAGAAGACCAGGCUGGCUGAGCGCUUUACUAGUUUUUAUGAACACACAAGCACUGAAAGCAGUGUUGCUAAUUUAUACAGAUAUAUCACUGAGAACAGUCCUGUCAGUCUGAAUAAGAAUCUGUUGCAGCUAGUCAUCGAAAAAUCAAAUGGCAAUUUUAAUACUCUGGUGCAAUACUCCAGCUACUACACCAGUCUGAUGGUUUCAGGACUACAGUUAAAUAUAUAUUACUACAUAUUAAAAGGCUAUGAUGCUGAAGCAAAGGCGAAAGAAGCAGUCGAACAGCUGUCUGAUGUUUUAGCAGCCAUAAAGGAUGCCCUGAUCGAGUGUGUUGAUGACUUUGAGAAAUGGGCUCAAAAUGAUGUUGUAAAAUUCACGACCGAAAGAUUCUCUGAUACUAAAACGCUAAUCUCAGAUAUUAAAGAUCAUUUGGAGCAGAAGUUCCACUGGUACAGAUGGAUAGUGAUCGCCCACUCAAAGGAUGCUGAAAAUGAGUUUACCUUUGGAAAGUCCAUUGACCUCCCUGUGCAAGAGAAGGCAGUAGUUCAUGUCAUUUACCAAGAAAAGGGCUCUUCUGUUGGUAAAAGACUUAAAGAGCAGAUCAAAUCUAGUAUAGAGACCGAAUUAAAAAAAAUAUCUCCCCCUCUGUGUGCCAUUUUGAAAGAAGAGAUGCUCCAAAGGUUUGGUGCUAAAGUAGUGGACAACAUACAGUUUCUUCAUGCUGUUAAAAAAACAUCAGAUUAUGUACAGACAUAUGUGCCAGACAUAGAGCUGAGUUGUCUACAUAUACCUCACCUAAGAAAUUUUAAUAUCUUCCUCAAGAGUAGGGGUACUGCAGGGACGCUUACAUGCUCAAAGGUUACAUGUGUCCAUGGAGAAUGUAAAUCCAUCAAGGACACCACACAAGGAUUCUGUAAGUGCCAUAAGAUGUUCAGCGGUCCAGGUUGUGAGGAAAGCAUCCAAUAUUUUAUUGACUACACAGCAAUCGAAAAUCAAAUGAACGGUAUCAUCUUUAAACCAGUCCCCGAUCUGACAGCAAUUUACUUUAGUGUUAAGGAAUUGAAGGAGUACACAAAAGAAAUUGUUGAGUCUGUCCGACAUGAUAUUCAGUGGACAAACAUAUUUGUGAAAUAUAGCAAUAUAAUUCAGAAGUUUCGUUACAUUAACAGGCUUCAUACUCGACUUCGGAACAGCACCAUCACUCAACGUCAAUACGAAUCUGAAGUUGGAGCUCAUUUCACAGGAGGAAACACAUUCAUAUUUUAUCUCACAGAGUUUAAUCACAUGAUGAUGGGCACUGGAUUUGGAGAUAAAUACAACAUUUUGGAUGUUUUUCGUAAAUCCCUCGACCAGGAUUCAACAACCCAGUCUGGUGAUUCAGUACAAUGUUCAAAAGACUACAUUGACCGGAUUGAUUAUUUUGUGCGCUUUAUGUUUGCCAUGGAAAAGGAAGCCGUUUUGGCUUGGUCAAGAUAUUUACUAAUCACUGAGAAGUCAGAAAACGUUGAUUUUGUGGAGGCCUCAUUCCAGGAAUUUGUAGCUGACCAGUGGAGUCUCUACAACAACAACGGAUGCGGCCAGUUGCAGGCUGUGGAACUUCAGAACAACUACUGCAAGAAGCCGUAUCACAGCACGCACCAGCAGAAGAUGAAACUUAAGUGUCAUGGAAACUACAAGCCUUUCCCAUCGACUGUGCUUUGCUCUGGAAGGCGGUGGAGUGACCUGCCUGUGUGCUACACUGAGCCAAGGAACGGGCGAGUCGAGUGCAAAACUGAAAAUGGAGCCACUGUCUGCAAGGUCUCCUGCUUUCCUGGAUGGGGCUUCCAAUCUCCCCGUCUGUCCUCUGACUACAGAUGCUCGAAGCUUCCCUGUCCAUCAUUCACACCGCCCCAUUGUAACAGCUGCACAGCAGACAGAGUUUGUAAGCACAAUGAGGUCUGCAUUUGCACUCUAGGCACAUGUCGUGACGCAUGCCUGGUUAGACCCUGCGGAGUAAAUGCCAAAUGCUCCUCGGCCAAUCAUGCAAGGAGCUGUACCUGUGUGAGCCCAUGGAAAGGUGACCCAUACCAGGGCUGCAGGAACCAGGAUCUCCAGUGGACUCUGACAUCAGGAGUACCCAACAAUGCUGUUCGUUCUGUUACCCAGUUAGCUGUGUGCAAAGCCAUUGGACCUGAUGGAGGAUGGCACAGUGGAUAUGUAAAGGAUCAAUACUGCAUGUUUGAGUAUGACUGGAGAGUUAAUUGGGCUAUCAGCUAUCAGGUUCUGAUUGAUCCCUGUCAAGGACGUGGUUGGAAAUGGGUAGACGGGGCUCAAUCAAACAUGGUUUCGUAUGAUCAAUCGAAGAGGUUUCCGGGAGUCAAUUACUAUGUAUGCAGUACGAAGAGCGGUGGCCUUGUAGGGAAACUUUUCAACACACGAGAAGGCUUUCUCUGCCACGUUCCCAGAAUCGGAUCUUCCAGAGAUAAACAUUUUUACUCCUUGGUUCCACAACCAUGUGUCUGAAGAUACCUUGCAAUGUAGCCAGCAUGUAAAAUCUGAGUGAAGAAAUCCAUUUAAAUGCUUAAGCUUUGAAUUGGUGAUGUUGUAUGUGUCGCUGUAUUAAAAUCCAUCAGUCAUUAGUUGUUAUAUGUUAUAGCAAAUGAUAAAAAUGCAAAAACAAACUAUGUACACAUCUGAAAUGUUUUUAAAUGUAACUCUGUUCAUUCAAAAAUUAAAGAUGCAUUAAAAUGA